AUGCAGGCCUUCCGACGUAACACCUUCUCGGCCCUCCACAAUGCCGCUGCUUCGCAGCGUCGGGGAUACGCAAAGGCCACCUCUGCCUACGCCGAGACCGUGAACAACCUUCGGAUCAACAAGGACACCCGGGUUCUCUUCCAGGGCUUCACUGGCAAGCAGGGGACUUUCCACGCCGAGCAAGCCAUUGCCUACGGCACGAACGUUGUCGGUGGCACCAACCCCAAGAAGGCCGGCUCGACGCACUUGGACCUUCCCGUGUUCGCGAACGUCAGCGACGCCGUGAAGGAGACCGGCGCCACGGCUUCCGCCCUCUUUGUCCCGCCGCCCGUGGCUGCUGCCAGUAUCGAGGAGGCUGUCGCCGCUGAGGUUCCCCUUGUUGUUUGCAUCACCGAGGGUAUUCCCCAACAUGACAUGGUCCGCAUCACCGACAUUCUCAAGACCCAAAACAAGACCCGCCUGGUCGGCCCGAACUGCCCCGGUAUCAUCGCUCCGGGACAAUGCAAGAUCGGUAUCAUGCCCGGCUUCAUCCACAAGCGUGGUCGCGUCGGCAUCGUUUCCCGCUCCGGUACCCUGACCUACGAGGCCGUGAACCAGACCACCCAGGCCGGCCUUGGCCAGUCUCUCGUUGUCGGUAUCGGUGGUGACCCCUUCUCCGGCACUAACUUCAUCGACUGCCUGAAGAUCUUCCUCGAGGACGAGGAGACCGACGGUAUCAUCAUGAUUGGUGAGAUCGGUGGUGCCGCCGAGGAGGAUGCCGCCGAGUUCUUCAAGGCCAACAACAUCCACAACAAGCCCGCCGUCUCCUUCAUCGCUGGUAUCAGUGCUCCCCCGGGUCGCCGUAUGGGCCACGCCGGUGCUAUCGUCAGUGGUGGUAAGGGUGGUGCGGACUCGAAGAUCUCUGCCCUGCAGGACGCCGGUGUCGUUGUCGAGCGCAGCCCUGCCUCUCUGGGCAAGACUCUGCUUGCGGAGUUUGUCAAGCGUGACAUGGUCUAA